AUGGCUAGUUCAGCCAUGACUCAUACCAACAUUACCACGGGUCAAUUAGCUCUUCUUUCCCUGAAAUUCAAAAUCAGUUCGGACCCCUUUCACUACUUAGAUGAAAGCUGGUCUUCCGCUACUUCUGUUUGUCAUUGGGUUGGUGUCACUUGUGGCUCUCGCCACCAGAGAGUGAAGUCCUUGAAUCUUUCCAACAUGUCUCUUAUAAGAACAAUUCCCCAUAAUUUUGGUAACCUCUCAUUUCUUGUUUCUCUUGACUUGGGAAGCAACAAUUUCUAUGGCAAUUUGCCUCAAGAAAUGGCACGCUUACGUCGGCUUAAGUUUCUUGAUUUAAGUUUCAACAGCUUCAGCGGGGAGAUUCCUUCCUUGUUUGAGUUUUUACACCAACUUCAAGUUCUAAAUCUUGGAAAUAAUAGUUUUACUGGUACCAUUCCUUCUUCAUUUUCUAAUAUUUCCACACUUGAGACUUUAUAUCUGCAAUUCAAUUCCAUAGAUGGUCAAAUCCCAAAAGUGAUUGGAAGUCUUAUAAACCUUAGAGAAUUAAACUUGAGGGGUAACAAGCUCAUAGGCUCUAUUCCUCUGUCACUCUCGAAUGCCUCGAGGUUGGAGACUUUAGAAAUAUCUUACAAUUCACUUCAAGGAAACAUUCCAGAAGGGAUCAGCAAUCUUCACAACCUGAACUUGUUGUCCAUAGAAUAUAAUCAACUUACGGGUUCUAUACCAUUCACAAUUUUCAAUAUUUCUAGAAUCGAAUUCAUUGGAUUUACAAGUAAUAGCUUAUCAGGAAAUCUUCCCAGUGGUUUAUGCAAUGGUCUCCCAAUACUCAAGGGGCUUUAUUUGUCUUUUAACAAACUUCAUGGUCAUGUGCCUACAAGCUUGCCAAAUUGUUCAAAACUUCAAAUACUGUCUUUAUCAUAUAAUGAGUUUGAUGGACCAAUACAUAGUGAAAUUGAAUUAGUUCAAAAGGCUGAGUAUGAGUGUAAAGAUGCUUAA